UCUGCCUGUUCUCUGAACGAGCUCAUUGUGGAGUCCUGACAAGGAAAAGCCUGAAGCAACAAGAGAGUGAGAGAAAGGUUGGGAUGAGGAUUAGGAGAAAGAAAUUGGGAGAAUUGGCUUGAUGAUUUGAGCACAAAUUCUGGGGCAGCCCUUUGAAGGCUUUCAGCUCGAAUGCUUGUUGAAUGCAGCUUCAAUAAUGAUGUGCUAUCAGGAAUUAGUAUUGCUGUCCUUGCAGUUUCACUUCAGUGAUCAGAGGAGGAGGAAGCAAAAGUCAAAUUCGAGCAAGGAGGUGGAAUUCUCUUUGAAAUGUUUGUGCUCCAGCACUGCCUGUGAUGUUACAGAACCUGCAGCACCUCGUGCACAGCCCAGCCACCAGCGCCAGGCAGCGAGAGGUGUGCUUCUAUGGCAACUGCGCUGCGUCCUCUGCAAGUAUCCUCUGAUCUUAUUUUCUGCAUUGUGCCUCUAACAAAGCUGCUCCAGCUGGUCGCCUUCUGCAAUUGGUUUUUUAACUGGGAUUGGAGAGUGGCAUUUGUAGCCAGAUGGCUUCAGUAACAGAUGCCAGAUACAGGCAGAAAGAUACUUCGGAUCAGAACUUUGAUUACAUGUUCAAACUCCUGAUCAUUGGGAACAGCAGUGUGGGUAAAACAUCCUUCCUCUUCAGAUAUGCUGAUGACACUUUCACGCCAGCCUUCGUCAGCACAGUAGGAAUUGACUUCAAAGUGAAAACAGUUUAUAGGAAUGAUAAGCGGGUGAAACUGCAGAUUUGGGAUACAGCUGGACAAGAAAGGUACAGGACCAUCACCACAGCCUACUACCGAGGCGCCAUGGGCUUCAUCCUCAUGUAUGACAUCACUAGUGAAGAAUCCUUCAAUGCAGUGCAGGACUGGGCCACACAAAUCAAGACCUACUCCUGGGACAAUGCACAGGUGAUCCUGGUUGGAAACAAAUGUGACAUGGAGGAUGAAAGGAUCAUUCCUUUGGAGAAAGGGAAACAUCUGGCUGAUCAGCUGGGUUUUGACUAUUUUGAAGCUAGUGCCAAAGAGAACAUCAACGUAAGGCAGGUGUUUGAGCGUCUUGUGGAUAUAAUCUGUGAAAAGAUGUCAGAGAGUAUAGAGUCGGACCCUUCCAGGGGCACUUCGGGAAGGAAUGUGAGGCUCACGGACAACCCACCCCCUUCACAGCAGAACUGUUCAUGUUAGUGACCUUUCUAGCUGGGAAAUGUCUUUCUCCUUUCCUGACUAAAUUUUCUCUCUUUCUUUGUGGUUCGUUACCAUGUAGUCCAAAGGCAGAAGUCUCUGUUGUAGGAAACUGGUGUGUUUAAUGUGCUGGAGUGUUUAAUAUAUAUUAUCUGAUAAUUUAAAAAGAAACACUGAAUAAAUAUUGUGAGUGCACCUAGUUGUUAAUGUGUGAGUUACACUGAAUGAAGAAAAAGAAUCGCAUAGUGUUGCAAAUGCCUACGUUUGGAUCUACUCUGAUCAGCUGCUCGGUGGCAGAUGAGUUGCAGGAUGAUGGACAUGAGGAAUUGGCUGCUGUGUGCUUGGCUGGAGGCAAGUUAUGGUAUAUAAGACUUAGAAACAGCACUAGCUCGGAAAGAAAGCAGGAGCCAAAGUAGCAUUGCCAAUAUUGUUAAAUUUUUCUGUGUUUUGUUGUUGAUUCCAUUUUUUAAUUUUGUGCUAGACGGUGCAUGUGUGAGGAUAGAUUUUCAAGUUUCAGGUUCAACCACUAUGUAUAAUUUUAGAAGAAGUGUGUGGGGAAAGACGCGAUGAAUAAAACAUCAAAGAUAUCCUGUUGGGUACACUACAGAUGUGGCAUGAUUCUUUGAGGGGAUGGAUAAUUUUUAAUAUUCGACGCCUACAAUGUUAUUGCACUAAAUAUAUACUUGUACUAAAAGAUGAAGUUUUGUAUGGGUGUAGAACUCUGUAUGUGUGCCACGUGCAGAGCUCGUAUUUCUCUGAAAUAUAAGGAACUGCUUUUGUGAAUCUGUAAAACUGUAGCAUGUGCCUUUGUCCAUGAUUGCACCAUGGUUUGCACAGCGCAGCUCCAAGCAGUGACUGCAGGUUGCAUCAGUAAAUGUAAAUGAGGUGGAUGUAGAAGAAAUUUGCUGUAUUAGUGGUGUAACUAGGAAAAGUUUUAUGGCUUUACCACAGGCCUAUAUGUUCAUCUGACCAAGGAGACUUUGUUGUCAGAAUCUGGAGUCCAGCAUCUGCCCAUGGCGCUGUCCCCAUGAUGGCACUAGCAUUCACUCUUGGAGUUUUGUUGUCACAUCUCAAAGUUCUAAGAAAAAAAACACUGGUUUUCUGGAGAAAAAUGCCACUAUCUUGUUGUUUGAGCUCAGCAUGCUCGAGGCUUGAACCCUUUGCACCGCAUUUUGUUGUUUGCAGAAAUCUUUAGUGACUUUGGGUGUGUGUGACCCGCUACUGAAAAUUCGCCUUGUGCAACGCCAGGAGUGCCAUUACUGUAUGUGAACCCUCCGAAACUGCCAAAUAAAGAGAAAUGUGGCCACCA